CAGAAAUUGUUCAGGAUGUCUGAUCUAUUGGGUAAGCUUGAUCUAACAGCUGCUGGAGUAUGUCUAGCUUCUACUAUCUUUGGUGUCGCUGUUGGAUAUAUAUGGAGCACAAGAUCUUCUGGUAAACAAUGUUGUAACACAACAAUCAAGAAAGACUGCGACAAGGUUGUAGACGUUGUCGAUAUGGAAGACUUGGGUGCAAAGACUUGUUACUGCAGGUGCUGGCAAUCAAAGAAGUUUCCACUCUGCGACGGUGCUCACAACGCACACAAUGCUCGUACUGGAGACAACUUGGGACCACUUGUUGUCAAGAAGUCAGAAUAAUCAUUAACAUGAGUACAGUAUGUUCUGAACUUAACUUAAUUGAUAUCAAUUAAACAAUAUUUAAAAGUAUUAAAAAGUUUAAAUCGUUUUCGAGUUAGCUUCUUUUCUACUGUGACUUUUAUAUAAAUGAGUGAGGACAACAUUUUGAAUGUGUAAGACGAUUUUACUUAUCUGAUUUUGAUCUGGGAGUCGUGGAUACCAACUUUCAGAAUCUAUUAUCGUGACCCAAAACAGAAGUUACACCAGAAUGUGACAUAGACGAUUUUAUUAAUUAAUGUCGAUGAUGCUUUUUCUACUUGAGUUUAAAUACCCUCAGAUUUUCUUUGUUAUAAAAGAGGUGUAACACUAUAUUUGUUCUAUUCAGCUUUGAAUUGUAAAUAUUUGAUUGUCUGUAAGUUGAUCAAUUUGGUAUGAGUUGAUAAAAUAAAACCCAAUAAACAAAUUAUAGCUCA